UGCGCCUGUCAGCUGCGCUGUUGUCUAUGGGGGAAACUGAGCAGCACUGUGCCUAUUUGUGAUGUGGUUGUUCUGCCGACGACGACAGGAUGAUCAAGUUUGUGCUGAUGGUGAACCAGCAGGGUCAGACCAGACUGUCCAAGUACUACGAGCCGGUGGAGCUGAGCAGGAGAGCAGCGCUGGAGGCGGUGGCUGUUCGCUGCUGCCUGAGCCGCAGCAAACAUCAGUGUUCCUUUGUGGAGUACAAAGACUUUAAGCUGGUCUACCGUCAGUAUGCUGCCCUGUAUGUUGUGGUGGGAAUCACACACGGCGAGAAUGAGUUAUCCAUCUACGAGCUGAUUCAGAACUUUGUGGAGGUUUUGGAUAAAUACUUCAGCCGUGUGAGUGAACUGGAUAUCAUGUUUAACCUGGACUCUGUUCACAUCAUCCUGGACGAGAUGAUUCAGAACGGCCGCAUCGUUGAAACAAACAAGUGCCGCAUCCUCGCUCCUCUCACCGCCAUCGACAAGAUGGCCGAUGGCUGAUGCAGGCAGGAGGCGACGUUUGUGGAGGAAAACAGCUGGGAAGUCGAUGUGUGACGUGUUUAUCUGUGACGUCACCAUUUCAGCCUCCACACAGGAACUCUGAACUGUAAAAACUGAUGAUGACAGUCUGUGUCUGCUAACAGACAUGUUGGAGCGGAACGGGGUGCCGUCCUCCGCUCCUGCAGGGGGAAGGUGUGUCCCUGCUCUACAGAAGGAAUCGUUCAUCACAGAUCCUCCACCAAGCUUCACGGCUGGUUUGGCCGCUUGUCUAUGUUUUCAUUCACAUCACAACCUCCUGGAGAGCAUCAUGUUCUUCCUGAUUCCACCAGCAAUUCCCAGUCUGGAAAAGUCUGCAGGCGUUAAAUUCGGUUUCUAGGAUGGAUCGAAGCAAUAAUCUGCUGAUUGCUGCCCAACAAAAAUAACAGAAAGCCUCUGAUAUUCAACAUAAAACCACCAUUUAUAA